AUGCACGACGGAGUAUGCGCUGUCAUCAGCGACGACGGCGGCAAGUCCUGGCAGCAGGGACCCGUCAAGCCGCUUGCCCACGCGGCGGCGCGUCUCAGCGCCAGCCCAGUGGCGCGGUCGCGGGCGUACCUGGCCGCCUACGAGGCCGGGGUGUACCGGACGGACGACGGCGGCAUCACCUGGGACCACCUGGGCUCAUACCCGACCGAAUACGCGCACAGCGUCCUGGCCCAUCCCGAUGACGGAGAGGCCGUCUAUGUCGGCAGCGAGCCGGCGGAGAUCUGGCGCUCCGCGGACUGCGGCGCGACCUGGGAUGAGUUCGACGCAUUUCGCGCGGUGCCCGAAGCGACGCAGUGGGGGUUCCAUUCGCCGACGCGGGAUUCGCACGUGCGUGACCUGCGGGCGGCGCCGGGCUCGGUGGAGUGCCUGUAUGCCGGCAUCGAAGUGGGCGGCAUGGUGCGCUCCGGAGACGGCGGGUCGAGCUGGAAGCAAUUGUCGGGACUCAAUGACGACAUCCAUUGCGUCAACCUCAGCGCCAACCGUGCCGACCGGAUUUACGUCGCAACAGCGGUGUCCCCCUAUCGCUCGGAUGACGGGGGAGAGACGUGGGAAAUGAUCAACGUCGGUCUGGAUCGUCGAUAUGCCCUGCACAUAGCGGCGGCUCCCGAUGACGCGGACCUGGUGCUGGUGACCGUUUCCGAAAACGCGCGACGGGGGAACCCCAAGUUCUAUCGAUCCACCGACGCCGGGCGCAGCUGGGACCUGGUACCGGGUGUGGGAGAGGGGGAAAACCCGACUGACAUGAUGGUGGCUUUCGACUGGGACCCGCAGGAACCCAAUACAGUGUACGGCGGCACCGAUGGCGGCAAGCUGUACCGCAGCGCCGACCGCGGCGCCACCUGGGAAGCGCUGCCCGUAGACGUGGGCACCGUGGCCGUGGGAGCACUGGCCGUGUCCAGCGACUGA